AUGGCGGAUGGUCCGAACCCGUUCGAAGAUACAAACAUUGGGAACAUGGAUGAAGAUAUAGAAGAUAGCAGUGACUUCACCACUCGUUUCUCACCUGCCGAGCCCCAAAACAGGGCUCGACCAGAAAGCGCAGACCCUUCCUGGGAUGGCAUAGCGGCUAAAUUACUUCGGGAUAAUUAUAUUUUAACGGCUCUGGAACUGUAUACAGAGUUUAUCGAGUCCGGAAGAGAUCUGCCAAGACUACGGGAUUACUUCUCGAAUCCUGGAAAUUUUGAAAGAACGAAAGAAGAUAUACCGUCGCCAACCUUGCCUCGAACGUCAAGUGUUCAGACUUUUGAUUCGUUGGACUUUGCACGAUAUUCAGAUGAUGGUGAACGGCAGGUUGAUGAGAGGGUGGCAGUUCUGGAGUUUGAACUACGGAAAGCUCAGGAGACAAUAAAGUCUCUCCGUGCUGCGCUGACUCAACAGGCGGAGAAUGAGCUGUCGACACCAGAGAGCCAGAACAACACUGGGUUGGUUGGUGAACCAGGUGACAGCAUCACCCCUGUGGAGAAGAAGGCUCUCAACUUCCUUGUGAAUGAGUAUCUCCUACAGGCAGGGUUUAAAGUGACCUCAGUGACUUUUGCUGAAGAAAAUGAAGAGCAGGAUUUUGAAGAUUGGGACGAUGUUGGCUUGAACAUUCCAAGACCACCUGGCCUAGUUCAUCUGUUUAAAGACUACAGCAGCCAUGAGGCCCCAAGGAAGGAGACCGCAGACAUUGGGGUUUCUGUGGACAUGGAGUCGGGGCGAGUGUAUCAGCUGGAGCAGGAGUUCAGAGCUAACAUGGAGGAGUUGGAAUCUCAGGUAGCUGCUUUAAAUGAGCAACUUCAAAUAUCCAAGCAGGAAAAUGAAACUCUUGCCCAACAGGUUGAUAUAUUGAAAAUGGGCAGCAUACAUGAAGCCAUUUUGAAGCCAUUAUCCAACAUUCCACAAAAACACAAUCCAGAACCAGCAGAGGUCUUCUCAAAGUCAACCCUGCCUGGUGGAGUCCAGAAAAUUAAAAAACCUACUAAUUCUGAACUUGUCCCUCAUUCUGUGCCAUUGGAGCUCAGUUUUGAAGACCUGGAUGCGGAGGACCCUGAGCUGGGCUCAGGAGGAGUCGAUGCAACAGCUCUGAGUAGUGCUAUAGGAGAGAGAGAGGAAGGGGAGGGUCAAGAGGAGAUUGAUGGCAGUGUCGGCCGAAGUAGCGUAGAUAAAAGUGGCAGUACGGUGGCUGUAGGACAAGCAGCAGUGACGAAGGAAUCUCUUCGCUCAAGGACUUCUAGGAAUGAUAGCACCAGAACCCUCAUCAAUGAAGAUGUAUCCAAACAGUUUGAAACUAGAAAAAUGACAACAUCAUUCCGUAAGGCACUUCUAGAUGUUGCAUUUCAUGUGUCGGCAGACAAUCGCAUUGUUUCAGAGAUGUCAAGAAUCAGUGAUGCCGAUGAACAUGGGGUGGUCAAGAUGUUGGCGAGAUGUCUUCCCCACAUUGUUCCAAAUGUCUUGUUAGCAAAGAGAGAGGAGCUGAUCCCAGUGAUAUUGUGUACAACCAUUCUUCACCCUGACCCCAAACAGAGGGACCAGUUGCUGAACAUUCUGUUUAACCUCAUCAAGAAACCAGAUGAUGAGCAGAGGCAGGUAAUUUUGACUGGCUGUGUGGUGUUUGCUGAACAUGCUGGAGCUGAGAGACUCGUGGAAGAGUUACUGCCCCAGUGUUGGGAGCAGAUCAGCCACAAGUACAUUGAGAGGAGACUCUUGGUAGCAGAAGCUUGCGGAGCUCUGGCUUCUUAUCUCCCAGCCGAGAUCCGCAGCUCUCUGGUGUUAUCCAUGCUGCAGCAGAUGAUGACAGACGACAGAGACGAGGACGUGAGGGAGGCGGUGGUCAAAAGUCUGGGGCUGCUGAUGGGGUUCAUUUGUGAUGCUGACAAGUAUGCCCAGGGCUAUGAUCUGUUGAUGACCGCACUAAGAGACCCCAAAGAAAAGGUGCAGAGAGCCACGCUGCAGGUGUUCCUCCCUGCCCUGGGCAUGUGGUCAAGAGAACUUGGUCGACUGGAACACCAUCUCAUACAUAAUCUACUGAAGCACCUUGAGGACACAGUUAAGGGUGCAGUUGCGGCACAAAGGGCAAAUAAUUCAACAUCCCUGCCUUUGAAUGAGAGUCGCUUUCUCUUGCUGGUGGCUACCCUGGAAGAGUUAAUUCCCUUGUUGUACCUGACGGUUAUAGAAACCUGUCCCGCAUCUACUGUGGAGACCGAGGAUGUCCAUGUAGACACGACCAGGUUCCCUGAGGCAAACAGUCCUCUUAGUGACCUGGCUGUGAUGGCAGGUGGAGAGGAGGCCUUGAUUCACCUGGUGACCCAGUUUGAGGCUCACAUUGACCAGGAGUGGUUUGAGCCAUGGGAGGAACUGAACUGGAUUGUUAAUAAUUUGCUGCCCCGUAUGCUGGAGGUCACCAUGAGUGUUGGCUUGUCUAUGCAGAAGGUCAUUCAUGCCUUAUGCCAGUUUGCUUUCCGUCUGUGCAGAACAUUUGGCCGUACAUUCAUGGAAAAGAAGGUGAAGGUCAAGUUUGAGGAGCUGGUGAAAGUUCCAGAGGAAGAAUUUGAUUCCCUAGUGAACCAGGGACAUUUGCCAGUCACUACUGCCAUUGUUGCUGUGUAUGCCAGGGGUGUUCUCAUGGCUUUUGUUACAGAUGAGGAUAAAAGCCGGCUGAGCCAGUUUCUAAAGAGAGUUUUGUGUACAUUAGCAUUGCUGCAGACAUCGUUAGACAGCUUGAAGGCGGCACUGAUUGAAUUGAGUGGAAACCCAUCCAACCAUGAACUCCUGCUGUCAGUCUUGUGGGAUGGUGUUACUCAUUCAUCAGCCUUGGUUAGAGCUGCAGCAGCAUCUCUGUUUGAGCUGAUGAUCAAGGGAGUUAAUGACACGCUGGUGUCCGCGCGGGUAGUUCCUGCCCUGGUGACUUUGUCGAAUGAUCCAGACAUAUCUGUCAGAAUUGCAACCAUUCCUUCUCUUGGGGCAGUCAUAGAGAACAUUACAAUACGAGAGGUCCUGGACCGCGUCUAUAUGCAGCUGCAGAUGUUUUUUGACGAGCCCGCAUACAGGGACCAGCAUCCAGUUCUUGUGGAGCUCAUCAGGACCUUGUCGCGUUGUGGACCCAGCGCUGAGCCAAAGUUCAGAGAUGAAU